UGCUUAUCUAGCUCAAAGUUCACUUUCUAGCAGACAGGUGCUUGUUGAAAGUUACCGGAGCUGCAUUCAACUUCUGUGCUUUGACAAACCGAAGUGACAGCCAUACAAAAUGGUUGACUAUAAAGUAGUUGGGUCUGUUGCAUUUCUGGAAGUCAACAAUCCUCCAGUCAAUGCGUUGAGUCUUUCAGUGAGGGUUGGCUUUGUAGAAGGCAUCGAGCGGGCCAACAAGGAUAAAGCUGUUAAGGCCAUCAUCAUUAUUGGAUCAGGAUCCACCUUCAUAUCGGGAGCAGAUAUCAAGGAAUUUGGGAAGCCUAUGCGAGGGCCGGGCCUUGUUGAAGUGGGGGAACGCAUUGAGACCAGUGAGAAACCUGUUAUUGCUGGUAUCCAUGGCAAUGCCUUAGGUGGAGGACUUGAAAUAGCCCUGUUUUCACAUUACAGGAUUGCAUUGAAAAAUGCAAGAGUGGGGUUUCCUGAAGUUCUCAUAGGAAUACUACCAGGAGCUGCCGGAACACAGAGGUUGCCAAGGGUUACCACAGUGCCAGUUGCCAUGGAUUUGAUAGCAAGUGGACGACAUGUUGCAGCACCAGAAGCCUUGAAAUAUGGCAUUUUAGAUUGGGUUGUUGAAAAGGAUCUUCCUUCAGAGUGCAUAAAGCUGGCUUACAACAUCAUCGGCAAACCACUCCAUGAUCGUAGGCUACGUAACAGGCCAGUGACACCUGUGGAGAACUUUGCUGCUGUCUAUGAUGCUGCACUGGCGAAGGUGACAAGACGAUCCAAAGGCUUCAUAGCGCCAGUGAAAUGUUUACAAGCUGUAAAGGCGGCAGUAACAGCAGAAAGCUACGCAGCAGGGUUGAAAGAAGAAGGAAGACUCUUCAUGGACCUGAUGAAAUCUGGGCAAGCUCGAGCACUGCAGUAUGCAUUCUUUGCCGAGAGAGCAACAGCAAGGUGGCAGCUCCCCACUGGAGAAAACUAUAAGACGUGUAAACCUCUCCCCAUAAAGACCAUCGGCGUGAUUGGCGCAGGCACCAUGGGUAGCGGCAUCGCAGUGACAGCAUUGAGGGCAGGGCUGUCUGUGACAUUGGUGGAACAAGAGAGGAAGUUCCUGGACCGGGGAGUUGCGAUGAUCAAGUCUGUGCUGGAAGGCAGUGUCCGCCUGAACAAACUAAGUCCAAAGGCUAUGCAGAAGUCCAUGUCCCUGCUGAAACCCACUGUCAGCAUGGAUGACCUCCGUGAUGUCGACUUGGUGAUUGAGGCAGUCUUUGAGAAUCUCGACCUGAAGAAGCAGAUAUUUGGGAAACUAGACAAGAUUUGUAAAGCUGAGACAAUUCUUUGCAGCAACACGUCUUCACUGGACAUCGACAAGAUUGCGUCUGCAACAGAGCGCCCAGGCAGGGUGGCAGGGAUGCACUUCUUCGUGCCGGCCUACGUGAUGAGACUUCUGGAGAAUGUGUAUGGAAAAGCAACAUCGGGGACAACAGUUGCCACCAUCAUGCAGUUGGGGAAGAAGCUGGGACAGGUGUCCGUAUUGGUAGGCACCUGCAACUCUUUUGUGGCCAACAGAACCAUGUCAAAGUACGGCUCACAGGCAACGUUUCUGGUAGAGGAAGGAAGCCUGCCACAGGAAGUUGACCAGGUCCUCACAGACUUUGGUAUGCCCAUGGGGACGUUUGCUGUCGGAGACCUCUCAGGCCUGGACAUAGGUUGGAACAUCCGGACAGAAAUAGCUAAGGCGCAGGGCAUGAACCUGACCUUUGCUACCCGAUACAUGGGCGGUGACCAGUACAGCUCUCUGUCAGACCGACUGGUCCAGAAAGGUCGUAUUGGACGCAAAGUGGGGAAAGGUUGGUACAAGUACGACAAACCUAAUGGCAAGGUCGCCACCCCUGACCCAGAGGUCACUCAGAUAGUACUGGAUCACUGCAAGGAGCUUGGCAUACAGCGACACAAAAUUUCACCUCAGGAGGUGGUUGAGAGGACAAUGUAUGCAGCAGUGAACGAAGGCUUCCGUUGUCUGGAGGAUGGAGUGGCAGCUAAACCUGAGGACAUUGACGUCUGCUGGCUUCUCGGUUUCGGAUUUCCACGGUACCAGGGUGGACCAAUGUUUUAUGCCAGUCAAGUUGGUCUGCGAAAUGUGUACGACAAAAUAUGCCAAUUUCAUGAGCGCUUCCCCAACCAGAGUAUCUGGAUGCCCAGCUGAACUACUUCGUCGACUAAGCAGGUCCGAGGUCACCCCACCGAUGAGCAAAUGGACCAUGCAGACUGCUAGUAAACUGUGAUCAGCAAGACCAGCCAACCAGUGAACACUGUGCCUUAUAUUACCACGAUAAUCAGACACUGUUUUCAAAGAUUUUUGUGCAUUGCUUAUGUGACAUUCUGUGGAUUUAUCUGGUCCAAUGUUGAAACCAAAGGUAUUUCAAAGCCUUAAUUUUACUGAUACCAGGAUCAUGGACACAGUGGUUUUGGAACUUCAUUUUGGCUCCAUUCAAUUAUAGCAUUGAAUCCAGUGCUGACGUACAUCUGAAGUUAUGAAUAUGGAUUUUUAAGAUUUCGUACUUAAUGUUUUCCAAUUAACCAGCUUUUAGUUCAGUCUUUUGGAAUCUGAAGACAACGGUUGAAAACCUAUUUUGUUGUUUGUUUAAUGGCCUGAAACAUGUGGCCAACAAUCGACUUUUCUGGUUUUCAUCUCAUCAGUUCGCAAUCAUUCAUCUUCAGCCAGUAAUCAGCGUUUAUAGACAUAAUAUAUACCCGAGAACUUAUUCCAAUACUACCUGCUGAAUCAAAGACACAAAGUAAUACACGCUUCAUUAACCAAGAACUGUAUGACUGCCAUUAGAUGUUCGUAUAAUAAUCUUUGUGAUAUUUCAUAUAUUGACAGAGUGAAAUCAGAAGUUAUAUCUAUCUAUUCUUAUAAGGCUGUGAUCUAUUUUUCGAUUUUCAUCCACAAGUUCAUACAAUCAAUGCAUUUGAGUAAGAAUGCAAUAUGUUGUUUGAUUUUCAUCCAUAUUUUAUGAAGAAAGUCAAACAAGAGGAAGAUAUAUUUCUUUGUAUUUUGUAUUCUUUUUCAGCUUUUCAAGUUAUUUGUCAAGGCAUUUGUAUUCAGAUCAGACUGAUGUGAAGUGUGAAUGUUUUGACAAGGAUAUGAUGUAUUUCAUCAAGCGAAGAAUGAAAGGAAAAGUAAUUACAUGGGGUCAACAGAUUCAUGUGAAGUGGUGUUUGGUAGUGAGGGAGGGCGUAAAUGUACCGGUACCCAGGAAUUCAUUAUUGUGGCCAGACUAUAUUGUUUUCAUGAUGCAUAAAGCAAGCAAUGGUCAGUUUAAUCAUAUUUUACAAUUGUUAAGUUUACAUUUUGCUUGUGAACUACUGAAUGAUUUGUUUAACAAUUAUUGAAUAAAUUUUCAUGUGAUCAUAA